AUGAGCUCUAGCGAUCUAGAAGCACUUCUAGCACAGCCAACAUGGUCGGCAGAAUCUCUGCUACCGCCGAAAAUCCUUGCGUCCGACGCGCCGAAGAUCUCGUCCAAGCAACUGCACCAUCUCCUUCGUCUGUCGGCUCUACCGCCUCCGGAAACGCCUGAAGAAGAGAAGAAGAUGCUAGAUACAUUAUCGGCACAGCUACACUUUGUGGGCGAGAUACAGCAGGUGGAUACUACAGGGGUGAAGCCUUUGCGGGCUAUAAGAGAUGAGACGGCAGCUGCGGAGCAUGAACAAACGAUCACGUUGGAAACGCUGAAAGACGCAUUUGCGAAAGAGAAGGUUAUUGGGAAGCAUUACAAGCGCGUACAGAGGGAUACCUCGCCCGUGGACGCUAAAGAUGUUGAAGACUGGGACGUGCUUGGGUGUGCUGAACGAAAAGCUGGGAAGUACUUCGUUGUCGAGAGCGAACGACCGCAGGAAUAA